AUGAUGUCAUCAAAUCAAUUUUCAAAUUUAAAUGUAUUUCAAUUAAAUUUGAAUAAUAAUCAAUCAAUUAUUCGAUUAGAAGAUUUACCAAAUGAAUUAUUCUAUGUUUUAUUCAAUUAUUUGGAAAUUAAAGAUAUUUACAAAAGUUUUUUUGGACUUAAUUUGCGUUUUAAUAUUUUAUUCAAUUCUCUUUCAAAUUGUUAUCUUCGAAUUGAAUCAUCAACAGAAGUCGAUUUUAUUAAUAUGAUUGCUUCAAAAAUUCGUCAUAUACAUAUCACACAAAAUUCUAUUUCAAUAUCACUUGCACCAUUUCGUAAUACUCUUCAUUCGUUGAUUAUUCACUUGUUAACAGACGAAUAUAUCGAUCAAUUACAUGCGCUUAUGUAUCUGAAACGUCUAGAAAUAAGACACAUACCUCAGCAUAGUAUAGGUCAUCUUCGGAAGGUAUUAUUUUCUUCACCUCAAAUAAAGCAUCUUGUCCUACCAUUUUGGCAUUCAAAAGAUUUAGUAAUAGCUUAUUCAUCUCCAUAUUCAAUUUCAUCUAUUCAUUCACUUUCUAUGUAUUCUCCAAAUGAUUUAGAUGAUUUUGCUUCUCUACUUGGUCGUUUACCAAAUCUGAUUCGUUUACGUCUUGAUAUCGAUUACAUUAAAGUGCUUCCAACAGUUAAUGGUUCUUUGUCAAAUGUUUUUCACAGUCUUUCCUAUUUUCAUUUACAAUUAAAAAAUGGUUUUACAUAUUCUCAAAUUGAUUUUUAUUUAACACAUGUACCAAAUCUUAAAUCAUUUCAAUUUUUCACUGCACCAUGUCUUAUUUAUAGAAAUCAAAUGGGUCCAUAUGAUGUAUUAAAUACCCUCGCUGAAGUUAUUGAAAAACACCUUUUAAUUCUUGAACAAUUUUCAUGUUUCAUUACGUUUCACAUGAUUUCAAAUGAUCUCUUUGAUAUUACUAAAGUUCAUUCAAUAUAUAAUCAAAAUUAUUCCAUUAAAUUUGAAAACAAUCAAGAACACUUUAAAUCAAAAUGGAUAAAAACUUAA